AUGGAGUGGCACGUCUCUCCAGACGAAAUGCUCCUUGGUGCCGUCACGUCCGUGGAGUGGAGUGACAGUCUACAGGAGGGAACGCAAAGCUUGGUCGUCACAAUUGACGACAUGGUUGUUCAGAACGUCAGGUAUCAAUAUGCUGGACCAGUGAUCGGGUUCUCUGUGUUCAACAUCACAGCAGAAGGCACGCAUCCUGUCGUACUAGACAUCACACGCGACGGCUGCUCCAUAUCCUUCCAUAAUCUCAGUUUCGCUUCAAGCAAAGAAUUCCAACAAAGUGCACGCGACUCGAACUCAACGACGGAGCCCCAAUUUCGAAAUGCAGGAUUAUGCGUUGACAAGAAACAACAAAGCAAACUCGUCACAGUCUACGCGCCUCUCACGCCAGACGUGGCCACUAUCCGACCUGUGAAAAAUAUUGUCUUUAUUCCACCAGGCAUUGCGUCAGCGACAUUCAUUGUGGCCAUCCCCCGAGUGUCGCUGUACACGACUUCGUACCAACUGAACGUGACCAUCGUUUGGGGUUUAAAUUCUAUCCCAAACUCCACGGUUUCGCAAGUCUUGAAUCCAGCGGCUGGGGAAACAACGAUUAACGUAACUAGAACGUUCGUGUCGCCGGCAGAAAUCACAAUCACAGCGACGUUCAGAAAUCCGUUCUCGGAGCAGAAGACUUCAGCUGAGAUCUCUGUGCGGAAUCGCGCGAAAGUUGGUGAAGUAUCAGUGCUGGCUGAGAACGGGUCCUCCAUCUCCUCUGUGUUGAGUGCGUCGGGUGAUGGCACCCGCAUCGUUGUGGCGCCGCCCAACACCAACCUCUUGGUCACCACCAACUCCUCCUCGACCGAUGCCACUUACUGGAACCUAACCUUCCAGGGAGAACGCAAGUCGCAGCCUAAACUCCCCUUUAUCAUCUCGUUCAAGCAGGAAGGCAAAUACACUCUGAGCCUGAGCUCAGGAGGGGGGAAAGGAGGGGCGUCGUUGCCUGCGGUUGUGGAGGUGCUGGUGCGGCGGCCCCUCGCGCCCAUCACGGUGCUCACACAGCCAGCCUUCCUGAGGGCCGGCAUGCCCCUGGUCGUGGGCGUUAUGGUGCCGGAGGUGAUGGGGGCGUGCGUGAUCCUGGACAGAGGAGAAGGGCUCCCUCUUCUGGGGUGGAAGGGAGUCGGAGGAUGCGAUGCCUCUCCUCCAGGAGCAGUCGAGUGGCAGUCUGAAGGCUACUCUGCCAGAAUAACGCACCUGUUCACCCCGCGGUCACCACUGGUGAAGGUGCAGGCCACCCUCUACACGGCGGUGGGGCUGCAGACCUCACAGGCCACAAGUCAAGUAGUACCGCAGGGACCAUGUCGCAGCAUCUCCGUCAGGACCAAGACCGCCGCCAACGCCACCAUCUCCUCGGUGAAGCGUUCGGCCGUCGCUAGGGUGCGGUCAACGGUAGUUGCUGACUGUGACCCAGGGACCGUUACUUCAAUUGAUUGGGUGAUUUCCCCAAGCAUAGAGAAGAAUCUAACGGAACUUGACCAAUUCCGAGCUGAACUUCAAAAUGCUUCGGGAUCAAAAACUUUGCCCGAAAACAGCUUAUUGUUCGACAGAAACACGGCUUUCGCAUCGAAUAUUGAAAUGGACAACGUAACUACGUCAGACACAAGCAUCGGCAUCCCGCCUCACACGCUUGAUUUCGGGCUGUACGAAGUAGCAGUGUAUUACAAUGUCACGCUCUACGACAAUACGACGGGGGAGAGCCUGUGGUCAGCGGGCAGGGCGAGCGCCCUUGUAGAGGUGGUGUCGACGAGCCUCGUGGUGGGCGCUGUGAGAGGAGGCGCCACUGCGGUCACGAGGGGCAGGAUCCACUUCGACGCCUCCGCUGCCAGCUACGACUACGAUCAGGCCGACGGACGGCUCGCUAGCUACGAGUGGUGGUGCAAGAAGGCUGGUGAAAAUUGGCCUGAUGAUGCAUCCAAAGGAUCUUCUUCGAGCCCAGGCUGCUUUGGUAAAGGUCCAGAAAGGAUCUCGAAGCCAUCAGGCGAUGGAUCUGUGCUGGAUCUGGCCGCCACUGAAUUCAAGGGCGCCCCAAUGGACGUGGUUCUUAAAGUAGUGGCAGUAAGCGUGGACGGCAGACGGCAAGCGGGGGAAGUGAAAGUGAAAGUAGUGCAGGGGUCACCGCCCCCUUUAAUCUUGGGGUGCCUGCCACCCCAGGCUUGCCAUCCGCGACCAAGUGGGAACCUCUUCGUCAGCCCCAACCGCCUCAUCCUGCAGUCCGAGUGUGACAUGCCCCCCGACAGUGAAAAACCGCCAGAUGGCAACGGCUGCCUGGCAGGCAUGUCGUACAGCUGGCAGGUGCAUGGCGUGGUCGAUGUUAUGGAGCCUGAGAAGAAGGUUCUGCUGGACCUGGUGGACACGAACACUACAACAGGGCUGGACCAAAGCAAUUUAGUUCUCCUUGACAAGUUCUGGGAGACUUUCAGCGAAUACCGGCAGUUCACCAUCGCAGUGAGCGGCGUUCACUCCUCUGACCCCACGCCUGGCUUCGCUUCGUUGAGCAUCAUCGUGAACCAAGCACCGGAGAACGGAUCAUGCUACAUAGUGGACGACAUCUCUCCAGACGGCAUCACGGCGCUGGUACAGGCGAUCGUGGUGGCCUGCAGCGACUGGGUGGACCCUGAGGGCAGCUCCAUCACCAAGUACACUUACUACGGCGUGGUGAACAAGAAGAAGCUCCCUCUAAGUUUUGGACCAUCACCAAGUCAGAAGAUGAUCCUACCCGCCGCAUCCGCCCUCCAGCUGUACGCUGAGGUGGCAGACGAGGAGGGCUCAGCUGCCAAGCAUCUCAUUGACGUGAUCGAGACGAAGCUGCCAUCGGUGGAGCAGGUCGAGCAGUACGAGAAAGAUGAAGUUCGCGAGAAAGCUGUGGCUGCUUUGGACCAACUGAAGGUCGGGCAGCUGUUGCAAGCAGAGGCGUCUCUGGAGGGUCUGGCGUUGCCGGGAUCUAAAGUUGGGCCUUUGACGGCGGAAGAAAUGGAGGCACUUCGCCAGCGAUCGCUGAACAAGAACAGCAAGAUGGUGGGCGCAGUCGACAACUUUGCCAAGGAUUCUAUGGAUGACGUCGUCCAGGUGACAAGCAUCCUGGGGGCUGUGGCGUAUCCGCUGCCUGCUACCGCGGAGGACGCGGCCGUGGCUUCUAUUGUGUCCCUGGCGGGGUCGACGAGCUCGUCGUCGUCGGCAGCUCAGGCCUCCGCCAUGGCGGGGACGGCGUCCGGCGUCGUCGCCUCCCUCGUCAAAGGUGUUAAUGAAAACGUCGCAGGGAAGACCAGAAUGGGCGCAAGUGGCCCGUCUCAAGUGUUAAAAAAAUGUUACAAUGAAACCAUAUGCUGGACGAAACUGCUCUUGUGCCUCACAGACACUCCCUUCACGAAUGAAACUCUUCAAACAGUACAUGACAUUGGCGCGUCGAACAUGAAAAUAAAUAAUGAAGUCACACCUGGUGCGAGUCAAGAACCUCCACACUCUCUUUAUGAUUCUUUUGUUUCAGUCAUUUACGCGUUUUUUGACCAUAUCCGUGCCGACGAAUCUCCGUCCGCUGUCACUUCGAAGCCUUCGCAAAGUGCGGCCUUUGAUGCGCUGGACAUGGAGCAAAUCCAGUCACUUGCUAUCCUGUUGGAUGUGAGCCAAUACAACUCCACAAACGACACCACAGAAAUAUCUAAUUUCUUGAAAUCUGAACAACACUUGUGCUUGGCGCUAAGAGCGAUGCAAUGUGCAGUCGAACACUACGGAGUAGAUCUCACAAAAGAGCUCUUCAAUCUCGAGUACGAGGACGUCUUGAACACCACCGAUGGCAUCUCAUGCGCGCAGCACCUCAAGAAUCUGGCCCACAAAAACCCUGCAGCUGCUCAAGCUAAUGACAAGGAAAUAGAGCAGCUAAACCAAACUAGCGCACGUUUCUCACCACAAGUCGUAUCCAAGAUCUCACAGUUCAUUCCUGGCGUGCGCCACGCGAAACACCCCUACUAUAGCACAGCAUCAAGCUGCAUGAAAGCAUGA